GGUUGAGUUGGUGUCCAAACAAAUCAUUAAGCCAUCUUCUCCAACACCCCAAAACCUUAGAACUUUUAAGUUGUCUCUCAUGGACCAGAUUGCCCUUUCAUCUCACACUCGAUUGCUGUUUUUAUAUCACAAUAUUGGAAACGAAGUCACCAUUCACGAUAAGUUUGAGAGGCUAAAGACGUCAUUGUCUCAGACUCUAACCCACUUCUAUCCAUUUGCAGGUAGAUUCAAAGACAACAAAGUCAUUGAAUGUAACGAUGAAGGUGUCGAGUUUCGGGAGACUCGUGUCCAUGGCUUUCUCUCCGACAUCCUUAAACAACCUGAUACUGACCUUUUACAUCAGUUUGUGCCUGCCUAUGAUGCCCAUUUACUAAGUGAGUUUUUAAUGAAAGUUCAAGCGAACAUAUUUCAUUGUGGGGGUUUAGCGAUUUGUGUGUCCUUAUCUCACAAGAUCGCUGAUGCUUCAACGAUGGGUUCUUUCAUCAAGGCAUGGUCUUGUACAGCUGUUGGGUGCAUGACCGAGUCGAUGCUUCCAAAGUAUAUUUUGGGUUCUCUUUUUCCUUCCAUCGAUUCCCCAAUUGUUCUUCCAACUUUUGAGUUAAGAAGGCACUUAAAUUUCAUUACAAGAAGGUACAUCUUUGAUUCUCCAAAGAUAACAAAACUGAAGUCCAAAGCUGCAAGCAAAACUGUGGAAAAUCCAACACGGGUAGAGGCAGUAUUUGCACUAAUUUGGAAAUGUGCCACGACAGCAUCGAGAACAAACCUGGGAACAACCAAAAGACCCUCCAUGGCAUACCAAAUGGUAAACAUUCGUCAAAGGACAAACCCACCGUUACCCAAUACAUGCAUAGGCAACUUUGUAGGUCAGUUUAUAGCAAAACCAGAAGAGUCUUCUAGUGACAGUGAAAUGAACCUGCAAGGGUUAGUAAUUCACCUAAGGAAAGGUCUAGAACAGUUCUCAAAGGAACAUGUCCAAAAACUUCAAGGAGGAAAUGCUUUCGUGACGGUGUUUGAGGGAUUAAAGAACAUAAUGGAACUAUUGUCCAAAGAGGACGUAGAUUUCUAUGGUUUUACAAGUUGGUGCCGUGUUGAGUUUUAUGAAGCAGAUUUUGGGUGGGGGAAGCCCAAGUGGGUGAGUGUUCCUUCUCCGAGGGUAAAGAAUUCUAUUAUUCUGAUGGAUACGAGUGAUGGAAAAGGAAUAGAAGCAUUGGUGACUUUGAGCGAACAAGAUAUGACCUUGAUGGAGAAUAAUCAUGAAUUGCUUGAAUUUGCGUCUUUGAAUCCAACUAUCACAUAAAAUAAGAUUCAAACUCAAAAGUAUGGACUUAUAGUUUGUACUUUGCUCUUGUUAUGUUGUUUUAUGUUCAAUGUAUCAUCGGUUCGAUUUUUAUGAUAUGUUGCGUCGGAGUGUAAAAUUCCUUACCUUUUGCAAAUUGUAUAUUCGGUUGGU